UUGUUACCUUGUCGCCUCAACGACUUGGACGAGGGAUCCUCUGAUGGAUCUCGAUCGCGUCCAUCGGUUCAUGAGUGAAUGAGUGAAUCCUAUCACCAACCAUUAAGCUCUUGCUCGAUAUCUCACAAUACAAUCCCCGAGUUGGGCUGCGCACGCCCAACCAUUCAUCAUGGCGACCAGCAAAGAUAUGCGCGAGAUCAUGGGCCUUGGGGCUGCUGGUCCUAAACCCGUCAUCAAAGAACAUCGACCGGCGCAACCACGACCGCGACUAACUGGCAUCAGCCGAGAGGUUCAGGCUUUGAUGGGUGAACGCGGCGUCCCUCCAGUCGUUCUAGCAGAUAGUAGCAAGGCCUACAAGCCGAAUCGAAUACGAAGCGAUCUCGUCGUGAGGAAAUGGAAACACAAACCUUUCACAAAUCCGGCCCGCAAAGAUGGUUUGGUACUCCGCCACUGGAGACGGACGGACGAGAAGGCGACGCCGAAACCGAUGGCAAGCGGCGAAACCGAAGAAGACGCAGAGAGCCCGGAACCGGAGUUAGAAGUCACCUAUGACUUCGCAAAGUACGAUAUCGAAAUCACCGGCGCAAGCUACGACGACUCACAGUACGAAACCCAUUUCCACGACGAGAAUUGGACGAAGGAGGAGACCGACUACCUCGUGGAUGUCGUCAAAGAGUACUACCAUCGAUGGCCUUUAAUCGCUGAUCGAUACGACUAUCGCCCUCCGAGCAGCGACUCCUCGACACCCACCGAAGAACCCCAAACCUCACUCAUCAAACCCCGCAGUAUGGAGGAACUCAAGAAACGCUACUACACCAUCUGGGCCAAGUCGAUGGAACUGUCCACCCGCGGCGGCCUCUCCAACAUGAACGAAACCGAAUUCGCCCUCCACGAAACCCUCCGUUCCUUCAACCCUAAAACCGCCUCCGACCGCAAGCGUGUCGCCGACUCCCUCCUCACCCGUAACGCUGACGAAGUCAAAGAAGAAGAACAUCUCCUCGCCGAACUCCAGCGCAUCGUCGCGAACUCGCAGCGCUUCGACCUCGAACGCGCCGAGCUGCGGACGCGUCUCGAAUAUCCACAUUCGGUGGCAUCCCCCGCACAGUAUCAGACGAGCCAGGGCCUCUCCACCCUGUUCUCCGCCCUGAUCCAAACCGAGCGCAUGCGCAAACGUCUGCCCGGUCCCGGUGGUGUCCCCGCACGACUCAGCCUUGGCAUGGGCGAUGCAGCCAACGGCUCCCCCUCCACCGCCGCCGGCGGCAACACUACGACGCCCGUGUCCGCCGGCCACCGCGAAAGCCUCUCCGCCUCACAAAAGAAAGGCUCCGUGUCCGCCGGUGCGGCGCCCACGCCUGUCCGCACUAUCUCGCCGCGCCAGGAAGCGCGCUACGGCAUCACCACGCACGACCGGUUAGCGUCUGGGGUGACAUUCCGGAGCGAUAAGGUGCUCAAGAUGCGACAGGCGAAGUCAGGGGUGCAGACGCAGAAGAUCGCGGCCGCGCUGGCGGAGCUGGGAAUUCCGGACCUGAUCCAGCUGCCGACGAGCCGGGUGUGCGAAGCGUUUGAGAAGGUGGUGGCGGGGAUUGGGCGGUUGUUGGAGGCGAGGAAGACGGCGGAGCGGGAGGAGGGGGAGAUUCAGGUGGCGGAGAAGGUGCGGGCGGAGCGGUUGGGGUUGAGUACGGGGGAGGAAGGGAAUCCGAAGAUGAAGGUGGAGAAUGUCGAACAGAAUGGAAAUGGAGCGGACGAGGAGAAGGAUGCCGAAAGCGAAGCAGAGGCGGAUGCAGAUGGGGGAGGGAAUCAAGCGAACGAGGAGGAUUCUGAUGCCGGGGAUGAACCAGAUGCUACAGAACCACAAGCACGGGAAGAGCCAGAGGAGGAGAAGCUGAGACCCACAUCCGCUGGCUCACUUUCGACAGUCACCAGAGCAGGACGGAAACGAAGUGCAAGCGUGCUGAGUCAGGCUAGUCGAGGCUCGAGAGGGAGCGUGAAGAAAGCUCGAAAGUAGAGCGGGUGUGAGCCUGUUAUUCAGCUACUGUACUUAAUUACUUGUAGGAUC